AUGGACCUCACGCCGCCCCUGACCCGAUCACCUGCUUCGACCCCGAAAACGUACUGCCCGUCGGAAACAUCGUCUUCGGACUACCCCUCGCCUGGCCUGGUGGAGCAGCACUACAGGAUCUCGUCCAUGUAUGAGUCUGACGCCCCCUGCUCCAUGGCACCAGAGAACUCACUCCCUCCGCUCGACGGUCUGGCUCAGGGCGAGUGGAACCCCGCUGCGGCCCUGCACCCAUCUCUGACUACUGCGUCCAUGUCCAGCGUGCUGAGCGCUGAGUAUGACCCCUUCGCCGCGUACGGGGGCCCUAUGCCUGGAUCCUACUCCCACGACAUGUACGGCAGCAACCCGCACACCCCACCCCAUACCAUGGCUGUGUCGCGCUCUCCAGAUCCAUCCCUACGAAGAGCCUCGCUGGCUUACCCACCCGUGCCAGCUUCUUCAAAUCCGACGACGCCGAGAAUAAAGGCGGAGACACCAUCCGAGUACGACAACACGGAGGGCUCGCAGUACCCGUCCCCGCGCAUCACAAAUGCACCGUACCCGGCUAGCAUGAGCCCGUACCCCCCGCUACCCUCGCUUGGACAGCCGGCCAUGCAGACAAGUAGCGGAUACGCAUCAGAGGGCCCCAUGGCAGCCUGGGCCAAGCCAGAACAGUAUCCUGUGGAGCCCGACCAUUUUUAUCUGACCGCAGGCAGCCAGUCGCCAGCUGCUGUGUUCGGACAGCAAGAUGCGAGGAGACCGGGCCGGAUCGGCACCCGGUCGAAACGGACGCCGAGGAAGCUCACGACCAAGGAGGAAGCCAAUUUCCAGUGCGAUGUGAAAGGGUGUGGCAAGUUGUUCAGCCGCAGCUACAACUUCAAGGCGCACAUGGAGACACACGAUGAGAGGCGGGAGUACCACUUCCCUUGCCAGGUCGACGCCUGCACCAAGAAGUUCGUGCGCAAGACGGACCUCCAAAGGCAUCACCAGAGCGUGCACGUGAAGGAGCGCAAUCACAAGUGCGACUACUGUGCGCGCAUGUUUGCCCGCAAGGAUACGUUACGAAGACACAUGGAUGAUGGUUGCUCUAAAAGAUUUGAUAUCGGCACGUUAGACUUGCGUGCCGCCGACGAGGAUAGCGACUCUCGCAUCCUGCCCCCUCUCGCCAUGCCGCCCCUGAACCGGAGUUCGUCUGAUAUGAAUCCGAACUACUCAUGGGGAAGGUGA